UGUCACUGUUUUUGAUAAAUGUUUGCCAUGUUGAGGGUCAUGUGUUAGCCAAUGCCGUGUAGUUGUUCUGGAAAGAACUUCAAAGAAAGAAGUCCUUGAUGCGAUGAGAUCUGCACCACAUGCCCAUUCUUAUAUAAGUGAUCAUGUCAGAGUUCAACUGUUGCCUAAUUUGAAAUUAUUGAGGAUUUUGAUAGCAUUUCUCAUUGUAGAACAGAAGUAUUUCCUUAGAAAAAUGGUAAAUUUGCGGCUUCUUCAUGUUGAUCUGUUUCCUUCUUCAUCCAAUCUCAUGUGGUGUCUACAGACAUUACAUGUUUAUGAUGGAAAUAUUGGUGCACCCGUUGAUAUUUGGAACAUGCCUCAACUGAGGCAUGUUUAUUUUCUGUUGCCUGGACAGAUUCAUCUCCCAGAUGAUCCGAGUGACAGCAUGGUGAUCAUGGAGAAUCUACAAACCCUCAAAGAAAUAAAGAAUUUCAAGUGCAACGAGAUGAUGGUUCGUAAAAUUCCCAAUAUCAAGAAACUGAGAAUAAGUUAUAUCAGAAAGUCUGGUGAUGGUGACUAUUGUCUCUACAACAUCGAACGUCUGCAAAAGCUGGAAUCUUUUUAUUGAAGACAUUGGAAAAGGCAAAUGCAUUACCCCUUCUUCAAAAGCUCAAGUUGGGCGGAGGAUGUUUCAGAACAGGCAAAUGGGAAACAGUUGAAGGCCAGUUCCUCAGUCUCAAAUAUUUGUCACUUUCACAUUGUCAUCAAUUGGAAUGCUGGACGAUGGAGAGCUCCUCCCACUUCCCAUGCCUCGAGCAGCUUCGUCUUGGCGACAUGCAUUUGAAGGAGAUCCCUACAGAACUUGGUGAAAUUCCGACACUGAAAUCCGUGGUCUUGGGAUGUUGCAACAAAUCAGCAGUGAAGAGUGCGAAGAGAAUGGUAGAGGAACAAGAGGAAUUACAAGGAGAAGAACAACUAUCCUUUAAAGUUGAAGUUUGGCUCAGUAAAGGGAACAAAGAGCUGCAGAGCUUGGCAAAUCUCAACUUUCAAGUUUUCCAUGGUUUAAAGUAGGGGUAUAUCUUGUGUCACACAACCCUAUACCAGGACUCAAAUGCCGGUUAUGGUCAUUGUUUAUCUCAGUGAUUUUUAUA